AUGUCUUAUUAUCCUCCGCCUCCACCAUCUCAGACAUGCCCUUCAUCAGUCUGCCCACCUCCACGGCCUGAGUCACCUCGGAAUGAAUCUCCAGAAUCAGCUCGGCAGACGAGGGUUGACUUCCCAGAUGUCAGGAGAGUAUCGCGCGAAGAGCCAGGAGAAGUAUGGAUGGAUGAGAACGACGAAGAGCACGCAUAUGCUCGUCCAGUGAGAGCAGCAGAUAUCCCGACGAAAGCAGACAAUGAUUGUUUUGAACGCCUUCAAUUUCCAUACAAGGACGAUCUCAUUUACGAAGAGAAAAAUGCCUUGAUAGUCAACCUCGCCACGAUGCAUAGAAUCAACCUGGAAAACCUCCGUCACGAACUCGUUGGAUUGGCGUUCAAGACAAAAUAUCCGGCACCUCUACACGACGACUACAGUUUUGACAGCGGAAGUUGCACAAAGACGAUUCAUGAGUAUGUCGAAGCGCUUCGCGAUUGGGACUACAUCGCCGAAUGCGCAAGAAGAGGUGAACGCUUGGAUCCAUUCCUGGUUUCCACCAAGUUGACGCUCUCUCGUCUUACCAUUGAAGAUCAAAAGUCGAAACACAAGUCGUACAUGGUGCGAAACGACGUCGAACAGAAAUAUCGUGAAUCCUUCGAAAAAGAUAUGGAAAAAAUAUGCAGCCAUUCCCCCAUCAUAGACGCGGACGAUGUUGACAAGUUUGGUGGCUCACGAAGAGCUAAGAACAAGAAAGAAGAGUACACAGCCUACCUAGAACGCACUUUUAUGGCGGUCAUGGGUGGUACAUUCCUCGUCGGUCCGAUGUUGGUAAUGGUGUUACACAAUACCAGAACUACGUCUCUCGUCACUACGUCAAUCUGUGUGUUUCUUUUUGGGUUGGUCGUUUCAUACUUUCUCGAGAAACAGAUGGAUGUUCUGUCGGCCACAGCAGCUUAUGCGGCCGUUCUGGUAGUCUUUGUUGGUACAAACACUAGCGGCGGGGAAAUAGUAGCGGCUUAG